AUGGAGAUGAGUGGCUUUAGGCCGGAAUUACAUGUAGCACAGCAAAGCAGGCGAGAUAAGUUGAGAGUUCAUCAAACUUCGAGCCCACCUCCCCAUUUAGAUUCUGAAAAAUUACCACUCCACCCGGGACUGAACCCAGAUAUUGUUCAAGUUCGGAAUGUGAGAAAUGCCAAUUUGCUCUAUGAUCCGACUGUGUUUUCCUCCGAGAUGCUCAAUUUUUCGAUCAACACGAAUACGCUGUCGGGUCAAGGUUCUGGUGAGUCUGAGAAUUUUGGUAACUGGAGGAGUCUGAAUCCACCUCAAAGCUUAGAUUGGGUGACAAAUUACACAAGUGGUUCAGUGGGUAGUGGAAGUAAUAAUCAGAAUCACAUGUUUGGUAGUAGGGAAGCAAACAAUAACAUGUCUCCAUCCACACCGCAUUUAUUAAAGCCUAGUAGUUUCCAUGGGUAUCAAGAUGUGCAGUCUAGUUUGGCUAACCAGUCUGCUGAGAUUUCUAGCCACCAUGCUAGCCAAAAGCACUUGGGAACGAUGCAUUUUUCUUCUCCUCCACUAAAUUACCUUAAUACCCUCCAGGAUGUUGUCACUUCAGCUUCUACGGGCGGCCAGGAUCAGCUAGAAAUGGCUUCACUUGUGCAGCAAAGAAUCAUGGAAAAUGAACUUGUGCUUCUUCCAAGCUAUGUGAAUCAGUCGAACACAUUACGCUUCGAUAAUGCUAGUAGUAAUUCUUGGAUGAAUCGGCAGCCUGUCGAGAAUCGCCAUCACUGGAGUAGUGGUGGUGGUGGUGGAAUGGGUUUUAGUACUGCUAAAAAUGUUGAUGAAGACAUGAGGAAUGGGAUGAGUAAUGAUUCCAAUCAACAAGGGCUUUCUCUGUCACUGUCAUCAAAUCCACCAUCUAAUAACAAACUGCCUGCGGCUCAAUUUGGGUCUCAAGAUUUACAUGCAAGCUCUCAUGAUGAUCGUGCUUUUAAGGAUGUUCAAAGUCCGAAAGCCGGGAAAUCUUCUGCAGAUUACUUAUGUUCCAUAACCAAGCCAUCUAUAAUUAGCAAAGCUUGUGGAAAGUCUCUUCAAGACAUUGUGGGGACUUCUACUAGCGCUUCUCGAAGCACCGGUCCUCUUGGUCCUUUCACUGGUUAUGCAACUAUUUUGAAGAGCUCCAAGUUCUUGAAACCAGCCCAACAAUUAUUGGAUGAAUUCUGUAGAAAUAGUGAUUCAAAGCUAACCAAAUCACGUGAGGCAUCUGAGAGGAUGUCUGGAGAUGUCAGUGCUUCUGCUUCAGUUUCGGUUUCUACUGAUGCUGCAAAUGCAGUUGAAACUGAAGCAGUAGCUAAGGGUAACAAUUCUGGUGCUUCUUCUUCUACGUUUUACGGUUCAAAUGAAAUUACCAGUGAUGGUGGAGCUGCAAGCAUAUCUUCUGGGUCAUUUGGGCCUGAGUACCAACAAAAGAAAGCAAAGCUUCUUUAUAUGCAGGAGGAGGUUUGCAGAAGGUACAAGCAAUAUCAUCAACAAAUGCAAAUGGUGGUCUCUUCCUUCGAGUCGGUUGCCGGUCUAAGUUCUGCCACACCUUACAUAUCCAUGGCUCUCGGUACAGUGUCAAGACACUUCAGGUGUCUCACGAAUGCCAUCAAAGACCAGCUCAAGCACAUAAGGAAAGCUUUGGGAGAGGAAUAUUUGUCAUCAGCUAUAACUACUGGUACUACUGGGUGCAGUAGUAGUAAAGGGGAUAAAAACUUUGCCAAGCUAAAGUUCAUGGGCCUCGGCUUCCAAAAGCAUAAUAAAUCUGGUGGUGGGGCCCAUCUGGGUUUCUCUGAACCCCAACAACACGUCUGGAGGCCCCAGAGAGGCCUACCUGAACGUUCAGUGGCCAUUCUUAGAGCUUGGCUCUUUGAGCAUUUUCUUCAUCCGUAUCCCACGGACACAGAUAAGCACAUGUUAGCCACUCAAACGGGUCUAUCUCGAAACCAGGUGUCCAACUGGUUCAUAAACGCUAGGGUGCGUGUUUGGAAGCCUAUGGUUGAAGAAAUACACAUGCUUGAGACUAGAGGAGGCUCUGUCGAAGCGAGCCAAGAUCCCACCAAGAAGGAUGGAAAUUCUUUAACUGAAGGUACCAGCAGCAGGCCAGACAACGAGCACCAACUUGGCAUAAAUAAUAUGAUGCAUGAUAGACAACUGGAAUGCUCAGGAGAUGAAGAACAGCAAUAUCAGGAGAUCAAGAGGUCCAGAAUGGAGUGUCAAGUUCCAUCAAGCAUGGACGGUGGAUUGAUGGGGUUUGUCCCGUACCAGCGAAGCGGGCUUGAGGUUGGGGGACUCGGCGCCGUGUCCCUUACAUUGGGUCUAAGACAUGGGGUGGAAAGUGCCCAACAACAGCAGCAGCAACAAUUGCAGCAACAGGAGGAUCAGCUUCGGCGGCAACUUGGAAGUCAAAUGAUUCGUGAUUUUGUGGGUUAA